AACAUCUUCGUUGUCAGCCUAGCCAUUGCUGACCUGGUUGUGGCAAUCUACCCGUACCCUCUCGUCCUGACAUCAAUCUUCCAUAAUGGAUGGAAUCUGGGAUAUGUCCAUUGCCAAAUCAGUGGUUUUUUUAUGGGACUAAGUGUUAUUGGAUCCAUAUUCAACAUUGCCGGAAUUGCUAUCAACAGAUAUUGCUACAUCUGCCAUAGCCUCCAGUAUGAUAGAUGGUACAGCGACAAGAACUCUUUGUGCUACGUCAUUCUUAUCUGGGCCUUGACCUUUGUUGCCAUUGUGCCCAAUCUCUUUGUGGGAUCUCUUCAGUAUGAUGGCAGGAUCUACUCAUGUACCUUUUCCCAGUCAGUCAGUUCUGCAUACACAAUAGCAGUUGUAUUUUUCCAUUUCAUAUUCCCAAUAGCCAUAGUUACAUUUUGCUACUUGAGGAUAUGGAUCCUAGUCAUUCAAGUACGGAGAAGGGUUAAACCUGACAACAACCCUAAACUAAAGCCACACGAUUUCAGGAACUUCGUCACAAUGUUUGUGGUCUUUGUACUUUUUGCAGUCUGCUGGGCCCCUUUGAAUUUUAUAGGCCUUGCUGUGGCUGUCAACCCAAAAACUAUAAUCCCCAAGAUUCCAGAGUGGUUGUUUGUUUCAAGUUACUAUAUGGCGUACUUCAACAGUUGCCUUAAUGCUAUCAUUUAUGGACUUCUGAACCAGAAUUUCAGACGUGAAUACAAACGAAUUAUUCUGACGAUUUGUACAGCAAAAGCUUUCCAGGACAGCUCUAAUGAUCCUGUAGAGAAGAUCAAAAGCAAACCCUCACCACUAGUCACAAACAACAAUUUGGUGAACGUCGACUCUGUGUGAAAAGAGAAACUUGGUUACUAUCAAUCGCAGACACUGUACUGUACAGAAAUGAUAAAUCUUCUCAGUUUGUUCAUUGUAAUGCAGCACAUGACCCCUAAUGUACAAAUGCAUUUGGAUAAAGUCCUGUGUACAGUAUUUUGAGCCAAAGUAACUGUUUUCACAUAAAGCCCUCCCUAUUGCACUCCAUGGUACAUAGCUAAUAGUGUAUGUCACGCUGGGGUACCUCCCAUGUCCCCUAUACCCAUAGGCAGGAAUGUUCCCUAGUUUUUUAUGAAAUUUGCUGCUUCUGAUCUUGCUGGUCAUUUUACUAUAUAUAACCUUAUGUGGGGGUUCUAUUCAAUUGUCCCAGCCCAUACCUCACUGAAGUAAACGUAUAACACGAACCAGCUUAAGGAACUGAGGAGAUCUCUCCUUUUUCUCUCCUAUGUUUAAUC